AUGCGCGAGUGCGCCGACCCGUUCCCCGUGCAAGGCGUGCACGACGAGCCCUGCUCAUGCAGUCCAGAGGACUACACGUCUGUCUAUGCCAUACAGGAAGGCAGCAAUAAGUGCAUUGAGGCAUUCACGACAGAGAACUGCACUGGCGGAGACGGUGUGAGCCGAACAAUGGUCAACGACAUUUAUUGUGAGCUCAAGAGCGUGGCGUGCAAGGAGGAGCACAUCCGCGCUGCUUACUCGCCCUGUUACCGUGCCAACGUCUCACCCUCCUCCGCCCUUGCCGCUUCUGCUGGUGCCACUGGCAGUAAAGCUGCUACAGGCAAUGACACCCUCGUCCCCGCCAUAGAGGUGGUGUUUUACUUCGACAGCACGUGUAAUCCGCGCACCAAGGGCUCUGUGCACUUGCCGCCCAACACCUUCAUCCCCUGUGACCUGAACUGUGGGCCAGGGUCGUUUCUGGAGCGUGACACGUGCCGCAAGUGCAAGCCAGGCACGUACAGCAUGGGCGGUGGGCUGCGACUGGAGCGCUUUGAGGAGCUGGAUACCAACUUGUUCACUACGACAUGUGAAUACAUGAAUGUCACAGGGAAGCAUCCCUGUCAAAGCUGGCGGGUGGACGCGGGAGUGGUGAGGGCGGGUCCAUACGAUGAGCCCAACGACCUGUACCAGGACGAGUGUGCAGCGGACCCUGAUGAGGACUGCCACAACAACCUCAAGGCCACGCUCUCCAUGCCUGUCAAGCUCGUCCGUGACGGGUAUGUGAAGUUCAACUACACGGCAAGUGCAGAGCCGGGCUACGAUGGGCUCUCCUUCUUCAUUGAUGUGGCGGAGCGCCCCACCAUGCCCAUCGUCUCCGAUCAGUUCAACCCGAUACAAGUGCGCUUCAAUCUGAGCCGCGGAUUCCACACUCUCACAUGGAUUUACAACAAGGACGAGAAGUGGACACAGGGACAGGACACCGCCACCAUCACUUUCAUAGAGGUGGACGGUACAGACUUCAACGACCACACGUGCCUGCACUGCCCUUCCGGCUACUUCAGUGGGGAGGGCGCGUCUGAGUGCGCCCCGUGCCCUCUUGACACCAUGUCAACAGGGGGAGCCAGCGAGUGCACGCCCUGUCCCGAGGGCACCUACUCUCUUGAACCCCCGCGCACCAACUGCACCCAGCGCCCACCCUGCCAGGUGGAAAAGCAUGCUGCCUCGUCCUACUCUGACUGCGAUGCCACCACCAAGACCAGGAAGAAGGUGUGGAAGUGGUUGGAGCCUCGCAUCUGCAGUCCCACAGCAGACAGCCCCCUCCCACCGGAUGAAACCGAGCAGUGCCCGCCAUGCCCGUCAGGGCAGGUAUCAGCAGUGCUACGAGUCAACAACACCAUCAUCUGCAAGUUCUGCCCUCCGGGCACAGCCAAGGCCAUAGACAACACAACGCAGACAGAGAUCUGCGAGCCAUGCGAGCCGGGCUCCGUGGCAGUCAAGGAGUUCUCCCUCGCGCACCUCACCAACCCCACCCCAGCCUCGCCCUCCUCCUUCGCCUCGCCCUCCGUCAACGGCCUCCCGGCCAACUUCACCUCGGGCUGCACGGGCGACUGCGGGUCCUACUCCUGGCGCAUGGUGGGGGGGGUGCUGGACUCGGGCCUGGGCCAUGGGGCCACGGUGCGCGUGUGGCUGGCGCUGAAUGUGACUCUCGAGGUGGACGGGCAGGUCAUGGCGAAUUACACCGUGGAUAUUCCUGAGGGCUCCCAGGACCAGCGUGCUCUCAAGUUCUUUAUUGAUGGCAUGGAGGUGGAGACUAUCCAGAUACCGCUGAAGCCCACGGAGAUGCAGACGGUGAUGUGGGACAUGGAUGCGGGGCAGCACCAGCUCAUGUGGAUGUGGGAGAAGCUCAAGGCCACCACGCAUGCAGACAGGGACUCUGCAGUCAUUCACAACCUCACAGUGAUAGGCGUCGCGCAGGGAGGGGCGUCCAGCUGCCAGGAGGUGCCAGAGGGAGCACACCUGGCGCCGUCAGGGCUGUGGUGGGAGCCAUGCCCGCCUGGGACGUACGGCAAGGGCGGCACCAACAACUGCACCAAGUGCCCUGCCAACACCUUCAACGAGGCCUCUUAUGGCACAGAGGAGUCAUGUGAGCCAUGUGGCGAGGGCACGUCAUCAGCGGAGGGCAGCAGUGAGUGCACCGUGGGAGACGUCUACAUCCCCACCUCCUUCUGCCACUACACACCGCCUCCCACCGCAUUCAACUCCUCGCGCCUCACGGUCUUUGACCUCUCCCCUCUCGCGCGCCUGCACCCGGACCAAAUGUUUGGGCCGAUCUAUGACGACCCUACGGCUCCGGAUAGGGAGCAGCGGUCGCUGUACUAUGUGAGCGUGUGCAUGCGGGACAAUACCAAUGCCACCUGCUACGCCCCCCGAGGAGGCUCCCUUAAUACAUAUGCCUGCCGGGUCAACCCGAGGUCACCCCUGGAAGGCCCUCGGCGCAGGGCAGUGAGUCUGGGUGACAGCAUAUCGCUGCACCCGCUGGGGGCGCACCCGGCGCUGGAGCGCAGGGGGUUUGUGAUGUCCCUGGAGGGGUCGCUGUGUGCGGGCAACAGCAUGCUGCGCGCCACCAACAUCUCCUUCAUCUGCGACCCCGAUGCCGGCUACGGCGCCCCGGAGGCAUGGACGGACAAGGGCAAGGCGGCAGCAGUGGACCCGAGCCUCUCCUUCCCCAGCUGGGUGGUGCGCGGGGGCGUGGUGCUGCCCAUCGGCGACGAGAGUGCAUGUGUGAUGGAGAUGGUGUGGUACACGGCGCAUGCAUGCCCCAUGUGCACCAUGGAUGACUAUGAGCUCGUGGAGGUGUCGGGCUGUGUGGAUAACAAGUAUGCCACCUACAAGUACAAGCAGCCCAAGACAUGCCAGGCGAACGCGCAGCUGCCACUGCCACAGGACAUCCCAUGCCAGCCGUGCACGGAAGCUGACUACGAGGCCAUUCAGGACUCAUGCACGGACGCGCAGGGCCGCCACAACUCCUCCCACCGCUGGCGCCACCCCAGGCGCUGCAACGACGCGCUCCCCGGCGCCGCCAAGCUGCCUGCGCCCGUCACUGCUGGCCCAUGCGAGCAGACCAUUUUCGUGAUCUCUGCUGACAUGCUCAGCUGGCAGUAUGUGUUCCUGAUGGCGCUGGGCGGCGUGCUGAUUGUGGUGCUGUCGGUGGUGUGGGUGGUGACGUGGAUCAAGCAGCGGCGGAUCUACAGUCUGUAUCAGAAGAUGGUGGAGCAGGAACAGGGAGAUGAUGAGGACCCGGGGGAAGAGGAGGGGAGGGGAGAGGCGGAAAUGGCCAAUCUGCACCGGCACAACAGUGGUAAUUAA